AUGGAGGCGGAACCUCAGGUGUACCCGGUGGCGGGCGCCUUGGGGCCGCAGGACGAUGAGGACCGAGCCCGGAUCCCCGACGGGCCGGCGGCCCCGCUGGACGAGCUGGUGGGCGCCUACCCCAACUACAACGAGGAGGAGGAGGAGCGCCGCUACUACCGCCGCAAGCGCCUCGGGGUGGUGCGCAACGUGCUGGCGGCCAGCGCGGGGGGCGCGCUCACCUACAGCGUCUACCUGGGCCUCCUGCAGAUGCAGCUGGUCCUGCACUACGACGAGACCUACCGCGAGGUCAAGUACGGAAACUUGGGGCUGCUGGACAUCGACAGCAAGAUGCUCAUGGGCAUCAACGUCACCCCCAUCGCCGCGUUGCUCUACACCCCCGUGCUCAUCAGGUUCUUUGGUACCAAGUGGAUGAUGUUCCUGGGCGUGGGAAUCUAUGCCCUCUUUGUCUCCACCAACUACUGGGAACGCUUCUACACGCUGGUACCCUCCGCCGUGGCCCUGGGCGUGGCCAUUGUGCCCCUCUGGGCUUCCAUGGGCAACUACAUCACCAGGAUGGCCCAGAAGUACUACGAGUACUCCCACUUCAAGGAGCGGGAGGAGCAAGGCCCGAAGCAGCGCCCACCCCGGGGCUCCCAUGCACCCUACCUGCUAGUCUUCCAAGCCAUCUUCUACAGCUGCUUCCACCUGAGCUUCGCCUGUGCCCAGCUGCCCAUGAUCUAUUUCCUGAACCACUACCUGUAUGACUUGAACCACACGCUCUACAACGUCCACAGUUGUGGUACUAACAGCCACGGCAUCCUCGCUGGCUUCAACAAGACGGUCCUGCACACGCUGCCUCGCAGCCGCAACCUCAUCGUGGUGGAGAGCGUGCUCAUGGCGGUGGCCUUCUUCGCCAUGCUGCUGGUGCUGGUGCUGUGCGGCGCCGCCUACCGGCCCACGGAAGAGAUCGACCUGCGCAGCGUGGGCUGGGGCAACAUCUUCCAGCUGCCCUUCAAGCACGUCCGCGACUUCCGCCUGCGCCACCUGGUGCCCUUCUUCGUCUACAGUGGCUUCGAGGUGCUCUUUGCCUGCUCCGGCAUCGCCCUGAGCUACGGCGUGUGCUCGGCGGGGCUGGAGAGCCUGGCUUCCCUGCUCGUGGCCUAUGGCCUGGGCGCGUCCGCCUCCUCCCUGCUGGGCCUGCUUGGACUGUGGCUGCCUCGCUCCGUGCCACUGGUGGCCGGGGCCACGCUGCACCUGCUGCUCAUCCUCGGCCUCUUCGUGUGGGCCCCGGUGCCUCGAAGCCCGCAUCACCUGUGGAUGCUGUACCUGGUGGCCGUGCUGUGGGGCGUGGGCAGCGCCCUCAACAAGACUGGACUCAGCACGCUCCUGGGAAUCCUGUACGAAGACAAAGAGAGGCAGGAUUUCAUCUUCACCAUCUACCACUGGUGGCAGGCGGUGGCCAUCUUCGUCGUGUACCUGGGCUCCAGCCUGCCCAUGAAGGCCAAGCUGGCGGUGCUGCUGUUGACCCUGGUGGUGGCCGUGGUGUCCUACCUGUGCAUGGAGCAGAAGCUGCGCCAGGGCCUGCUGCCCCGCCAGCCCCGCAUCCCGCGACCCCAGCACAAAGUGCGCGGCUACCGCUACCUGGAGGAGGACAACUCGGACGCCAGCGACGGAGAGGACGAGCAGGGCGGUGGUGGGGCAGGAGGAGGCGCGGGAGCAGGCGGCCAAGAGGACUGCAUGGAAGAGGAGGCCCCCCCUGCGGGGGUCCAGCCUGGCGCCGAGCCAGCCGCCUGCCGCCGUCCUUGCCCCUAUGAGCAGGCCCAGGGAGGCGACGGACCCGAGGAGCGGUGAGGGCCCGGCCGGCCC